CUGCACCGUGCAGGCGUGCACGCAUGUCGGCGAUACACUACAAGCAUAAACCGCUAGAUGUCGACAGUGGAAAAAUAAUUUUCGGCAAUAUCAAUAAUGUCCAUUUAGCUAUAUGUGAAUGCCGAUAAUAACCUUCAAGUAUAAUAGUGGACAUUCAACUAUCAGCUCGUUGUAAAUGUAGCAGAAGCAAACUACAAGAUAAGACAUUUAAAUUUAAGUAUGUUAUCCCAAAAAAUAUUAAAUGUUAUCAAGUUUUCCAAGAACCAAGUUUAUCAAGCUUGGAAUACUCAAUUUUUGACAACCUCAGCUAGAGUAUUAAAUCGAAAUGAAAGGUCUGAAGAAAAAUCCAAUUUGUAUGAGGAAGAAACAUCAGGUUCUGUAAUAGAAAAAAGGGAAUCUGAUAGAAAAAGCAAUUUAGUGAGGGAGGAUGAUAACAUAAUCUAUGCGAUCCUAAAGUCAAAUUUGGAGUUAACCCCUUGGGGUAUGAAAAAGUACUUUACCAAGAAGAAGAUCGAAAUCGAGAAGCAAAGACAAAGUUUCAGUCAAGAAAGGAUUGAUUUUCUAGGAGCAGAUCUGGCUGUCGCACAUUUUCUUGUUUUCCAGGGAGGCAAAGUCAAGUUUAGAGGAAGUGAUAAAUGGAUAGAGUUAAACGAAGACAAAAAGACUGCUGAUCUACCAAGCUUUUUUAAUUCUAAGUAUAUUCUGACUGCUUUCGAUGCUAGUGGAAUCGAAAUGUAUUAUGAAGCUCUUGACACUUUAAAUAAUGUACCAAAAGUUACACACAUUAAUUUUUCAAGAUCACCUCAUUUUGACGAUUGGUUCAUGGAUAAAUUGUCUAGCAUGUAUCCAAAUUUGGAGUAUCUAGAUGUUUCAGAUUGUCCAAAGCUAUCGGAAAGAGGAUUAGAAGCCCUUUAUAAAAAUUCUAAUUUAAAAACUCUUAUUGUGACUAAUCAUUACAAAUCAGCAGCUUUUGAGUUGACUUGUAUGAUGCUGCAAGAUAUUCUUCCUGAAUUAGAAAUUAAUAUUAUUACACCCAAGGAGAAGAUGAAACCUAUUAUAAACACAUAUCUUGUUACAUAAGACAAAUGUUUGCUGUGUUGUAACUUAUAUUUAUUAUAAAUUAAAAAUAUGUUACAUAAAAAUAUACUUUUUUUAUUUUAA